AUGGCUAGUCGUUUUAGAAGGUCUGAAAGGAUCGCCCUCCCUAACCUAUAUGAUAGAGAAAAUUCCCCUGAUAAUGCUUCAACAAGUGUGUCUGAAGGUCGAGGCAGUGGAAGAGGUCGGGGUAGAGGCCGUGGAAGGAGUCAGGGAAGAGGAAGGCAAACCCGAGUUGAAACUGAAAGAGUGGAGGUAAAUCCCCAAAUUCAAGCUACAAGCAGCAAAGGAGGUGAUAUAAAGAUGUUAUUGACCUGUAAACCCCCAACAUUUUCUGGAAAAAGAGAUCUGGUUAAAGCAAUGUGCUUGUUGAAGGAGAUUGAAUCUAUGUUUACCAGCAAUUGUCCAGAAGAAUAUAAGAUACCCCAGCCAGAGUAUGUAACUAGAGAUAUGUUAGCUAAGGAAAUCGGAAAGUUAAAAGAAACAUUGACAUCCAUCAUAGGGAUACCUCCCAGAAUUGAAACUGAAAGAGUUGAGAUUUCAUUGACAUCCUCUGUUCCAGUUAUAAACAACAAAGAAGGAGAUUUCAAAAUGUUUCUCUCUUGCAAACCUCCAACCUUUUCUGGAGAACGAGAUAUAGUUAAAGCCAUGUGUUGGAUCAAGAAAAUAGAGUAUGUAUUCAACACUAUCAGAUGCACAGAGGCAGAUAAAGUCAGAUUUGCUGUAUCUGUAUUAAAGUCUAACGCACUGUUCUGGUGGGAAGUCGAAUCAUUGGCCAGAACAUAUAUUCUACAAACGUUAUCAUGGGAAGAAUUUGUAAACAGAUUUGAUGAGCAGUUUUGUCCAAAGGUAGCUGUAAGACAGAUGGAAGAAGACUUCUUGAAACUGGAACAAGGUAUAGGAACUGUUCAGGAAUAUACAAAGAAGUUCAUUGAAUAUUCUCGAUUUUUCGAGCAUUAUAUCUUAUCGGAAUCAAGAAAAAUAGAAAGAUAUAUUUGGGGUUUAAAACCGUCUAUUCAGGAAAUUGUAAUUGCCAUGAAUUUUGCUACGUUUUCUUUGACAGUGGAUGCAACAGAGGUUACUGAAAGAAAUACGAGUAGACAGGAGGAAGGAAAAGUCACUGAAAAGAGAAAAUGGGAAGGACCUUCAACAGGUUACCGAGGACCAAAUUAUGUGAAAUAUGGUAACAGACCUGUUCAGAAAUUUAAUUGA